UAAGCUGCAUGCUCACUGUCCCGAAACGUGAUGAACCAUCCAGCCCUAUGGGAAUUUCUCCUCCCAGUUUGCUAGCGUCAGCUACAUCUGUGUCUGUGUAGUUCCAACAGCAGCAGUAGCAGCAGUGUGGCAAUGGCAGUGACUUGGCUCAGGCAUCAGACUGGCUCUCAGUGACAUUCUGCUUCAACUUGACUGAGAGGCAGCACCGUUUCCACUCAGCUCAGACAAGCAGGGAAACUUCUCUCCUGCUUUUAUUCUUUGUCUCUGGCUUAGAUUCUUAUUUAAUUUAUUAAUGCCAGAGGAAGGAUCCCUUGCAACUUUAAGGAUACUUUUCUCAUCUGGACAGACCAGACCGCUUUGGACAGCUGAGAAUAAUGUGAUGCCGUACGCUGCGCCUCUUGAGCAGGGAUGACCGAAAUCUUCCGGUACCCACCCUCCUCCUCCCACUCUCCGUCAGCUUUCUCCUGAGCCACUGCGUUCACACUUUUCCCCAAGACCCCUCCGGCACGCAAGGGUCAAGUCAGCAGGAUUUCUCAUCCACCACAAUCCUCUCUCCAACUGUGUUGUGAGCCUGUUCCUCAGCACCAUACUUGAGGAGAAAGGCUUCCCAAGCAAAACAAAGGGAUUAAAAAUGAACUUUGCUCUCACCAGGAGACACGGUCUUCCCUUAAACAGAAGACUGUGAGAUCUGAUGAAAGUCAACUGAGGGCUUAGUGGAAAUGACAAACCUGGUAUUAAAGACUCCUGCGAUACUUGGAUGCCAAUAACCAGGAGAAGGCCAUGGAAGGAGAAAACAUGAACUCCACAGUAAAUACCAGCACGAUGGAUAUCCACCUGGUCACCCACAGUCUCUGGGAGGUGAUCACCAUUGCAACUGUCUCGGCUAUAGUCAGCCUCAUUACCAUUGUGGGGAAUGUUCUAGUAAUGGUCUCCUUUAAAGUCAACAGCCAGCUGAAGACAGUGAACAAUUACUACCUGCUGAGUCUGGCAGCUGCAGAUCUCAUCAUAGGUGUUUUCUCCAUGAAUCUAUACACCUCUUACAUACUGAUGGGUUACUGGGCCUUGGGAAACCUCGCCUGUGACUUGUGGUUGGCAUUGGACUACGUAGCUAGCAAUGCCUCAGUCAUGAACCUGCUGGUGAUCAGUUUUGACAGAUAUUUCUCCAUCACCAGGCCUCUAACUUACAGGGCCAAACGGACUCCUAAACGAGCUGGGAUCAUGAUAGGUUUAGCGUGGCUAGUGUCACUUGUUCUGUGGGCCCCGCCUAUUCUCUGCUGGCAGUACUUUGUUGGAAAGAGGACUGUACCCGAGAGGCAAUGCCAAAUCCAGUUUUUCUCUGAGCCUGUAAUUACUUUUGGGACAGCUAUUGCAGCCUUUUACGUCCCUGUAUCUGUCAUGACAAUCCUCUACUGCAGAAUCUACAAGGAGACAGAAAAGAGGACCAAAGAUCUUGCAGAGCUUCAAGGGAUUAACUGUUCUACAGAGUCUGGGGUGGCUCAGCCUCAGAAAACCAUCAUCAGAUCUUGUUUUAGCUGUAAACUAAGUUCAGCAUCACAAGACAGGAACCAGGCCUCGUGGUCCUCCUCAACCAGGAGCAACGCGGUCAAAUCAGCGGCCACCACCAGCGAUGAGUGGUCCAAAGCUGGUCAGCUGACCACCUUUAACAGCUACGCCUCCUCUGAGGACGAGGACAGGCCAGUGUCUCCAGGAGGCUUCCAGACCUCCUUCGGGAACCAGGCUUGCAAAGCCACCAAGAGUGGAGUAUGCAGCGAGAGCGAGCAGCUCAGCAGCUACGAUGAAGAGAGUUUCUUUCAGACGCCACCCAAAAGCAACUCACAGAAGAGCAGCAAGUGUGUGUCCUACAAGUUUAAACCAGUGACCAAGGAAAGUCACACGGAGCACCAAAGCAGAAACGGAGACACGAAAAUCACGUCGCCAACAUUCUCCUCGGCCGAGUCCAUGAGCGUUCCGUCCACCUCCACCAUGUCCAAGCCCAUAGACACAACGCUGAAGAGCCAGAUCACCAAGAGAAAAAGGAUGGUGCUGAUCAAGGAAAGAAAGGCAGCUCAAACUCUCAGCGCCAUCCUGCUGGCCUUCAUCUUAACAUGGACUCCUUAUAACAUCAUGGUGCUGAUUUCUACCUUCUGCUCUCAAUGCAUCCCCGUCUCCCUCUGGCACCUGGGCUACUGGCUGUGCUACGUCAACAGCACCGUCAAUCCCAUGUGCUACGCCCUUUGCAACAAGACCUUCCAAAAGACCUUCCGCAUGCUCUUACUCUGCCAGUGGAAAAAGAAAAGGAUUGAAGAGAAACUAUACUGGUAUGGACAAAACCCCGUGGUCAGCUCUAAAAUGACAUGA